GAGAAGGAGAAAUGGAGAAAUGAGGGCUGAGAAGGAGCAGAUGACGGGCAGCAGAGACAGGAGUGUGGUUGAGAUACAGUUUAGAGACGCUCAGAGGGAACAGGACAUCAAUUUAGCCAACUCCAAACACAAAGAGGAGAAAAAAGAAAUUUUUACUAAGGUUGUGAUUCGACGUCUGCCACCUAGUUUGUCAAAAGACCAGCUUGAAGAGCAUCUUAGUCCGCUUCCACCUUUUGACUAUUUUGAGUUUUUUCCUGCUGAUCAAAGCCUAUAUCCACAUCUUUUCUCCAGAGCAUACAUAAACUUUAAAAACCCAGAGGACAUUGUUCACUUCAGAGAUCGUUUUGAUGGUUAUGUUUUCAUUGACAAUAAAGGUCUGGAGUAUCCAGCUAUAGUAGAAUUUGCACCUUUUCAGAAAGUUUCCAAGAAAAAGCUUAAGAAGAAAGAUGCCAAAGCAGGAAGUAUCGAAGAAGAUCCAGAAUACAAACGAUUUCUGGAGAACUACUCAUGUGAUGAGGAGAAGUCAGUGGCAAAUCCGGAAACAUUAUUGGGAGAGAUUGAGGCUAAAACAAGAGAGCUUAUAGCUAAAAAGACAACACCACUUCUGGAAUACAUUAAGAGCAAGAAGUUGGAAAAGCAGAGAAUCCGAGAGGAAAAAAGGGAGGAAAGGCGACGAAGAGAACUUGAGAAAAAACGGCAAAGGGAAGAGGAAAAGAGGAAACGCAGGGAAGAAGAAAGGCGGAAACGCAAAGAGGCUGAAAAACAGAAGAAACUCUCUGAAAAGGAGAUUAAAAUCAAGCUCCUAAAGAAAUGUGACAGGGAGGAUGAGGUGGAAUCAGACAGACUGAAGGACAAAGGGGACAGUGGAGAGACAGACAGGAACAAGUGGGACAAACCUACAGGCCAAAACAAAUCAAAGGAACCAAAGGACAGUAGAGUUCAGCCAGAGAGUGAUAAGGAGCAGCGGGAAGGCCAUGGCCGCCGGCAGAGGGACAAGGAUCACCGGGGCCGAGAAGAGGAGCGCAAGCGGCAGCGGCACCACUACGAGUUUGACAAGUUCAUGCGCCGAAAGGAGGAGACCAAAUGGGGCAAAGGCUACUGUCAUGACAGAGCCAAGAAAGAUGGCCACCACCAUGGCUACUCCUACUGCUCUGAGACAGGAGACAAGAUGGGCAAGGAGGAAAGAGAUGAAAUGGCGAACAGGAAGGAGCGCAUUCGCAAUAAGUCUGUGUUAGUGCAUCAAGAGAAAAGGACCUCCCAGUCUGAGGGGCCAGACCACAUAGGAGGGGCUCUGCCAGCCAAGGACCGACCUGCCAUGCAGCUGUACCAGCCAGGAGCUCGAAACCGCAAACGCAUGGGCUCUGGAAACAAAGGCUUCGACUUUAGCACCCUCUCUCCAGAGUCUACUGAACCAUGCUAUGAGCUGGCUGUAGGAACAGGCUCAGAGAAGAGUGGAGAUGAGUGACAGAAAAAGCAUGCUUUAGUUUGAUCAGUUUUCAUGCAGUAUGUCACCAGUAUAUGUACAGACUUAUGGAUUAUAUUUACAUUUACAGCAUUUAGCAGACACUUUUAUCCCAAACGACUUACAAUUAUGUAUAAACACAAUUUGAGCCUUGCUCAGGGGCCCAACAGUGGCAACUUGGUGGUGGUGAGGCUUGAACCAGCAAUCUUCUUCUAUGCUUGGUCUCACACAGCCAGACAUCUCAUAAAAAGAAUACAUCCAUUAAAAUAAUUGCAAAAGUGUGUCCUAACCUGUGCUGAAAAUGAGUCCAGCUAAGAAACAAGGCUCCUUUUUAAUUACAUUUUACAGAACAAGUUUCUAAAAUGAAAGUUUUAUAAAGUAUAGUAUAACCAUGCUUUAUGCAGUUAAGCUAUACACCGACCAGGCAUAACAUUAUGGCCACUGACAGGUGACGUGAAUAACUCUAAUUAUCUCUUCAUCAUGGCACCUGUUAGUGGGUGGGAUAUAUUAGGCAGCAAGUGAACAUUUUAUCCUCAAAGUUGAUGUGUUAGAAGCAGGAAAAGGGGCAAGUGUAAGGAUUUGAGCGGAUUUGACAAGGGCCAAAUUGUAAUGGUUAGACGACUGGGUCAGAGCAUCUUCAAAACUGCAGCUCUUGUGGGGUGUUCCCAGUCUGCAGUGGUCAGUAUCUAUCAAAAGUGGUCCAAGGAAGGAACAGUAGUAAACCUCUGACAGGGUCAUGGGCGUCCAAGGCUCACUGAUGCACAAUAUUAGGAAGGUGGUCAUAAUGUUAUGCCUGAUCAGUGUAUAUUACAGUUUAUUUGGAAGUGCUUGUAAUAUGCUGGUUUCCUGUUGAGCAUAUUUUCUUA